GAUGAAAACCUGAUUUAUGUAAAAGUUGAGGUUAAAGAUGAAGAAGAUGAAGAGUUGUAUGUGAAGGAGGAUGGUCUGAGUCAGGAGGAGGAGAUCCCUCCAGAGAUCAGCACAGACCCCAGAGUCACUCGAGACACUCAGACAGAUGUCAAAGCUGAGGAGGAGGAAAUUGGAAGUGUAGGGAUUAAAGAAGAGGAAACUCCCACAGAGACUGGCACAGAUGGACAAUACAAGAGUAAAAACUUAGAAAAUCUUCCUACUCUGGAUGGUGAAAUAGAAGAUGACAUAAUUUAUGAUUCUCUAGAAGAAAACCCUGUUGCCCCAAAUCUUUACCAAGUACAUCACAGGGAAGGCCCACAAACUGAUACCACUACGCAAGUGGAGAGUGUUCCUCAUCCCCAUCUUGUCAUCCACCUUACUGCUCAUAGGGAGAGUGAAACGUUUCUAAGUUCUGAAUGCGGUAAAUAUUUUUCUCAGAGAGCAGACCUCACCUCCCACCAGCAAGGACAUGAAGGAGAGAAGCCCUAUUCCUGCUUUGAAUGCAGCAAGUGUUUUUCUCAAAAAAACAGCAACUCAUUAGACACCAGAAAAUUCACUCAGCCGAGAAGCCGUUUUCAUGUUCAGAAUGUGGGAAAUGUUUUUCUCAGAGGGCUCAUCUCAACUCACAUCAGAUGACUCACUCAGGAGAGAAGCCAUUUUCAUGUCCUGAAUGCGGACAGUAUUUUUCUCAAAAACAACAUCUCAUUAGACACCACCGAACUCACACUGGAGAAAAGCCAUUUUCUUGUUCGGAAUGUGAAAAAUGUUUUCCCAAGAGAGACCACCUUAUCUCCCAUCAGAUGACUCACACUGGGGAGAAGCCAUAUUCCUGUUC